UCCUGUGCUCUGUGUCCCCAGGCUGCUGAACCGGAUGUCCGCAGACGACCGGCACCUGGGCUCCAGCUGCGGCUCCUUUAUCAAGACCGAGCCGUCCAGCCCGUCCUCGGGCAUUGAUGCCCUCAGCCACCACAGUCCCAGCGGCUCAUCGGACGCCAGCGGUGGCUUUGGCAUGGCCCUGGGCACCCACGCCAACGGUCUGGACUCGCCGCCCAUGUUCGCAGGUGCGGGGCUGGGAGGCACCCCGUGCCGUAAGAGCUACGAGGACUGUGCCAGCGGAAUCAUGGAGGACUCGGCCAUCAAGUGCGAGUACAUGCUCAACGCCAUCCCCAAGCGCCUGUGCCUCGUGUGCGGGGACAUUGCCUCUGGCUACCACUACGGCGUGGCCUCCUGCGAGGCUUGCAAGGCCUUCUUCAAGAGAACCAUCCAAGGGAACAUCGAGUACAGCUGCCCAGCCACCAACGAGUGUGAGAUCACAAAACGGAGGCGCAAGUCCUGCCAGGCCUGCCGCUUCAUGAAAUGCCUGAAAGUGGGCAUGCUGAAGGAAGGUGUACGCCUCGACCGAGUGCGUGGAGGCCGCCAGAAAUAUAAGCGACGGUUGGACUCAGAGAGCAGCCCAUACCUGAGCCUACAAAUCUCUCCACCUGCUAAAAAGCCAUUGACCAAGAUUGUCUCAUACCUACUGGUAGCCGAGCCAGACAAGCUGUAUGCUAUGCCUCCCCCUGGGAUGCCUGAGGGGGACAUCAAGGCUCUGACCACUCUCUGUGACCUGGCUGACCGGGAGCUUGUGGUUAUCAUCGGCUGGGCCAAGCACAUCCCAGGCUUCUCAAACCUCUCGCUGGGCGACCAGAUGAGCCUGCUGCAGAGCGCCUGGAUGGAGAUCCUCAUCUUGGGCAUCGUGUACCGCUCGCUGCCCUACGAUGACAAGCUGGUGUACGCCGAGGACUACAUCAUGGACGAGGAGCACUCGCGACUGGCAGGGCUGCUGGAGCUCUACCGUGCCAUCUUGCAGCUGGUACGCAGGUACAAGAAGCUUAAGGUGGAGAAGGAGGAGUUUGUGACACUCAAGGCCCUGGCCCUCGCCAACUCAGAUUCCAUGUACAUCGAGGACCUGGAGGCCGUGCAGAAGCUGCAGGACCUGCUGCAUGAGGCGCUGCAGGACUACGAGCUGAGCCAGCGCCACGAGGAGCCGCGGAGGACCGGCAAGCUGCUGCUGACGCUCCCCCUGCUGCGACAGACGGCUGCCAAGGCCGUGCAACACUUCUACAGCGUCAAGCUGCAGGGCAAGGUGCCCAUGCACAAACUCUUCCUGGAGAUGCUGGAGGCCAAGGUCUGAUGGCCCGGCACACAGAUGGAUGGACAGAUGGACCCAUGCAGAGACCUCCACAGUCACCAGCCUCCACCUUUGACCCCUGCAUUGUGGUUCUGAGCUGUCCCAGAGGAAGGUUUCCUGCUUCCCAGCCACAUGUGCAGACUCCUGGGGGAGGUGGGGCAGGGGCAGGGAGGGAGGGCAGGGGCGCUCUUUCUUUGGUAUGUUUUUCCCUCUCCGUGGGCAGUACUGGGACCUGGGCCAGGGCUGACUCCCCUUGGGACUGCAGAGCUCUGGAGUAAGCCCCC